AUGUCUAGUGUAUCAACUCUUGUGCUGGCCUUGCUGCUGCCAAUGGUGAGGCCAUUCAUGCACUACCAAAAGAGAAUCCCUAACGGAGACAAUAUCCCUUUUCCCUGCAAGCCGGGAAAAAUCUGGCCCGGGUUGGGACAUUUCAAUGAUGAAGGGACAGGACCUAGGAAUCCUUUCGGUCUUCGUUUCGAGGAACUUGAAUCCAUUUGGACCAAGGAGUUCUGCCUCGAAGAUUCUGACGGCGACGGCUUUUACAACGGACUUGAACUGGGUGACCCAAAGUGCGAAUGGACAGAAGACACGCCGGUAGCAGAGAAAGACGGCCUAUCACACCCAGGGAUCUGCGACCCCUGGGACACCCCAAGAUGCAAGAACAUGGACAUCUCUAGCUUCAGCGACAAGUACAAAACCCAAGGCGAGUGGAUGGAAGACGUGUGCCAAAGCGACGGACUCGUCUGUCCCGCCCUCGAGGACAAAGACAUCAUGAACAUCACGCUGAGGCUACCCCCGAGGACGGCUGUCCCCACAGACACCACAUCUUACAUCUGCAUCAACUUCAACAUCUACAACCACGGUGUUCCCAAGGGCAGAGACUUCCACGCGGUCGCCCUGACUCCUGUCCUUGACAACAAGCAAGUGGUUCAUCACAUGGCCCUCUUUGGCUGUAAAGGCUACAUGGAGCCUAACUUUGACCCCUACAUGUGUCAGAUCGUGCCCAACCCAAGCUGCCAGGAGUUCCUGCACGUGUGGACCGUGGGACUGGACGGGGAGUGUUACUAUCCUGACAGUGGCGUUAGGAUCGGGGAGACUGGCGUACAGUUUAUGGUUAUCCAGUACCACUGGACGAACAUGCAAAAAAUAAGAGGCCUCACCGACUCAUCGGGGCUCAUGGUUCACUUCACACCUAACUUCAACUGUGCCAGCGGCUGCACCAGAACGUUGAUCAAACACAGCAUCAACAUCACCUCCGCCUGGAACCACAUGCAUUUGUUGGGAUUAGACAUGAUUAUGGAGGUUCUCCGAAACGGCGUUCAUGUGGCCUACAUCACACACGACAAAGUGUACAGCUACGACAGUCCUCAAGUUAAAGAACCGCUGGAGCUGUUUCCCGGCGAUUCUAUCGUGACUACGUGUGGGUUCAACACCUUGGGCAGGAAGGAGGAUGUUGAAUGGGGCGAUGGCACCUUGGAUGAGAUGUGUUUUGGGUUCAUUACUUACUACCCUCGUGUGAACCUGACCAGUCCCACCUGUCUGGAGAUUAUGGGAUUGAG